AUGUAUAGAAUCACUUAUUAUUCAUCUGCUGAACCAAGUACGAUUCAUACACGUUCAGUAAGUGAAAUCCCAGGAAAUAGUGAUAAUGAAACUUUAUCAGAUAUGUUAAAGAAGGGCUGCUUUUGGAUUGAUAUUUUAAAUCCUACAGAUAUUGAAAUGAAGGCUUUAUGUAAAGCAUUUCGUAUUCACCCAUUAACAGUAGAAGAUAUUAGUAUGGAAGAACAAAGAGAGAAAUGUGAAGUUUUUAUAAACUAUUACUUUAUUUGUUUUAGAAGUUUUGAUCAAGAUGAGUUUUCAUCAACAUAUUUGCAGCCCUCUGCACUUUAUAUAAUUAUCCUUAGAGAAGGUGUCUUAACAUUUCAUUUUAAACCAAUGUCACAUCCACAUAAUGUAAGAAAAAGAAUUAAACAAUUAAAAGAUUAUAUCAAUGUAACGCCAGACUGGAUUUGUUAUGGAUUAUUAGAUGAUAUAACGGACUCUUUUGCGCCUUUAAUUCGUGCUAUUGAAUUUGAAGUAGAUUCAAUUGAUGAGCUUGUAUUGAUACUAAAGGAAUCGGAACAAUCUGAUAUGUUACGACGUAUUGGUUAUUGUAGAAAACGUAUGAUGGGAUUGUUAAGAUUGUUAAGUCCAAAAACAGAUGUCAUAAAGACAUUAGUCAAAAGAGGUGAGAUAAGUCCAGAAGAUGGUACUAAUCGACCGGCGUUGAGUAAAGAAGUUGCUUUAUAUCUUGGAGAUGUUCAAGAUCAUAUUAUAUCAAUGACUCAAUCACUUAACCAUUAUGAAAAAAUAUCCUCAAGAUCUCAUUCAAAUUACUUGGCACAAAUAUCCAUUGAAAUGACACAAACUAAUAAUGAAAUUAACGACGUCUUGUCAAAGUUGACAGCUUUAGGUAGUAUUUUAGUGCCAAUGAACCUUGUGACUGGUGCAUGGGGUAUGAAUGUUCAAGUGCCUGGUCAAUAUCAAGAAGAUUUAACAUGGUUUGGUGGAAUCAUAACUACUAUUCUUAUAUUUUGUGUUAUAUCUACACUUUUAAUGAGAUAUUAUAAUAUUGUGUAA